AUGAAAAAUUGGUUUGUAAAAGGGGAGUGGUUUUAUGAAGUCCUUAUAUAUAAGAUAUAUGAAGAUCAUUUUGAACUUAUUGAAUUGGAUCCCGUUGGUUUCAUUCCAUGGAAGGUGAAUAUUUCAGCCGAAGAAGGUGGUUCUUAUAAUGAUGCUCCCGAGGACAAUGUUCCAAUUGAAGAUCCUGCUCCUGUCACUUCUACCAAUCUUCAGCAUCGGUUAUGGUUAUGUAAUGAAGAGUGGAAUGAAGAGUUUGUAACUCCUACAUGGUUUGGUUAUUUAUGGUAUUGGUUGGCUACACUUUUCUGCAGUAUCAUACCAGUGUUCAAUAUGGCAAGACCAUUAGCAAAAAUAUGUGACAUCAAUGACAGCAAAGAACUUUGGAAAGUUUCUGUUCGUGUGCACCACAAAUGGACAGUUGUUUCGAACAAGAGGGAGCAUUUUGAGAUGAUUUUUGUUGAUGUAUCGGGUGGUGACAUACAUGUUGUUGUUCCUGCACCGCAUGUAUCUCUUUUUUCUGAAAAAAUGGUCUUGGAUCAUAGUUACACUGUUUCCAAUUUUAAGGUUCAGGCUAAUGUUGCGGCUUUCAGACCUUCGUCUCAUAAGUUUAUGUUGAAGUUUACUGCUGGCACUACGGUUACGGAUGAUAACAACGCUGAAAUACCUCCAAAGCCGUUGGUGUUUACUAAAUUUACUGAUAUAAUAAACGGCAACUUUAACAAGGAUGUGCUAAUAGAUGUCAUUGGUAUGGUGGAAAGUAUUGGGUAUUCACAGACCACAUCAGGUGCCCGGAAGCAGCAGAUUAACAUGAUGCUGCGUGACCGGGGUGAGAAUACUAUCAAUUGCACGCUUUGGGAAUCCUAUGCUGAACAAUUCAUGAAGUUCAAGCAGGAGCGCGGAGAUGAUUCUGGUCCUAUUUUUGUCAUGAUUCAAUAUGCUAAAGUCAAGGAACAGGGUAAGUUUCCAUUGUCCGUGACAAACACGUUUAAUAUUACCGUCCUUGGUCUGAAUACUGAUUUACUGCCGAUGAAAGAGUUUAUAGAAAGUUUUCCGAAGGAUUCCAUGAUUACGUUGUCUGGCCAGGAGGGUUCCAAUUCACAGCUUUCAGCACAAAACUCUGAAAAUCAACAGAUGACUCCUGUACAGAAAUUGCUUUCAAAGGCUGUUGUAAUGCCUAUUGGGGAUAUUAUAAAACUCAGAACUAUUACAUUUUGUGCGACUGUGGGAGAAGCUAACAUGCUGGUUGCCUCUCCGUAUGGCUGGUAUUAUCGUGGUUGUCAUGCUUGCUCAUGUAUUGCGCGUGGUGACAGAGCUCCGUUUGAGUGUGAGGCUGGACAUUUCACUGAGGCAGAGAUUUUUAGGUAUAAGAUUGAGAUUGAGGUUACUCAUGCCGGGAAUAGCUGUAACUUUUUAUUUUGGGACCGAGAGUGUGAGUUACUUUUGGGAUUGUCUGCUUCUCAGCUGCGUCAUACAAUGAUUAAGGCUGGCAUUCAUGAUCCCUUGGAAUUCCCACUGGCAUUGGAUCAGAUGUUGGAUUGCAAGAUGGCUUUCAAAGUUAAGUGGCAACCACGUUGGAAGAAUGCCUCUGUCGUUAUGCUAUUGAAGAAUGACCCUUUUGUGAAAGAGCUUGCUGAUCAGUUUGACCCAGAUGAGAUGAAACAGCCUACUGUCGAAGCAAUGACCACUGUUCGAUCCGAACCUAAUUUUUUCGUCGUAAGGACGUUUACUGAUCUUGAUGAGACAUAUGUUGCAGACAUGUUACGACAUACAAAGCUUAUAAUAUGGGAUGAGCCACCAAUGGCGCAUAAGUAUGCAAUAGAAUCGCUUGACAGAACUUUGAAAGAUGUUAUGAGUGCAAACAAAAAUUCAACUGAUGUAUUUGGUGGAAAGGGACAGUCAUUGGAUAACGUUGGUUUGUACUUACCAAAAGAUGUAUUCACACAUGGCCAGAUUUAUGACGCAUUGUCAAGAGUAACAACAAAAAAGGGAAUCAAAAUACUGAUACAUGAUGAAGAAAAGAAAUUCAGGGGGAAAACUACAAAUAUUGUGUAUAAAGAGGUUUUUAACAAUGUCUAA